CCAUGAGUUGAGUUUCUGGACAUAAAUCAGAUUGGAACACCAGGAGUGGCGGCCGUGCCGAUGUAAGUUGUUAGUUCCUGGUGAUUGACGCAGGAGUUCGUUCUGGGAGCCGUGCACUACUGGCGCCAAGAUGCUGUUCUCACUGCGGGAGCUGGUGCAGUGGCUGGGAUUUGCCACAUUUGAAAUGCUGCUGCACCUAGUUGCCUUCCUGGUAUUCUCUGUGCUGCUUGCUUUGAAGGUGGACAAUUUUGCAAAGUUGGACUGGUGGUACGUUUUCAUCCCACUCUUCACUGCUGAUGGGCUCAGCACCUACUUCACCGUGAUUGUGUCCAUCCGCCUUUUCCAGGAUGGGGAGAAACGUUUGGCAGUCAUGCGCCUCUUCUGGAUCCUGACUGUACUCAGCCUGAAGUUUGUCUUUGAGAUGCUGUUGUGCCAGAAACUGGAGGGGCAGAGCUCUCAGCUGUGGUAUGGCCUCAUCAUGUCGCCCGUCUUCAUUCUCCUCCAGCUGCUGAUGAUUCGAGCUUGUCGAGUCAACUGAGCCCUGAAACCUUUCACUCCACGCCUCCUAUUCAAGCUGUUGGAUGGCUAGACACACAGUCUGAUGAAUGUUGAUGUUUGGAGGGGGAAGAAGGGGUACAUUCAGUUUAAUAGAGCUCUCUUGUCUUGCUGCUGUCCUGCCAUUGCUGAGUUUUAAUGAAGCAGUGCAAACUGCAACAUGACCAACCUUGGAAUUCCAUGGCUGGCUUCAGGGAUGGAAAUGUCAGCAAGAUAGUGAAAGUAGAGACAAGAGGUUCUGUGUUUCACUGGUAACGUGCAGCUCGCAUAGGGGCUGUAGCAGUAUCCUGCCCCUCCGUUCCAAAAUCAAGGCCCUUAGAGAAGGGAGGAUGCAGUGGCCUGCAAGACCAUGACUGAUAUUCCAUCUCAACAUUUUAAUGUAUCAGUCAUUCACGUAGGUUACGCUAGCUGUGACCCAGGAAGUUGUGUUUGGGCAGUACUUAUUUAAAUUGCUCAAAGUGUGGUGAUAUUGUUGAGUUUUGAGCCCUAUGGUUUUCAGGGGAAUAUUUGUUCUAAUGAUUAGUGAGAAAAGCAAAGACAGCCUUUCAUUGCUGGUAAUAUUCUUGUUGGACCACAUGCGGCGCAAGGAUGCAGUAAAUAAAAUCAUAAUUGCAAUUAAUUAUAAAAAACAUUAACUUCCCAAUUCCUGUGUUUCUGUUUUGCCAAGUUAAUUGCUAAGCAACUUAUCCCUUCACUGUAAAAACAGGCAACCUGACUGAAUUUUAAUGUGUCUAAUGAAGCAUUUUACAAAUGGACAAUCUUAAACAAAGACCCAGUUUCAAACCUGGUGUUUAAACUUUUUCAAAUGAUGAACGUUAACUGAAUUUAAGAGGGACAUUUGAUGUUCUUGGGAGGUUCCUGGUGGUACUAUGAGUUCUGUGUUCUACAUUAUGUAAUUGUACCAGGUUUGUGAAAAAGUAUAAAAUUAAAUUUAUGCAGAUCUGCAUUAAA